AGCAGGAGCCCUCAGACACCCUUGGCUGGGGGACGUAUGGCAAGGAGGGGUUCAGGAGAUUAACCCCAGCCUUUGCUGUCGCCUUGCGUUGUGUGCGGUCUGGUGAAGUGCAGCCCCCCCGUCCCCAGCCCCGCGGUCUGCUCGCAGCCAUGCUCCACUCUCCACUGAAAACAGCGUUGGCGUAUGAGUGUUUCCAAGACCAGGCCAGCUCCACGCUGGCUCUGCCCUCGGACCACAAGCUGAAAACUAAGGGCACGGGAAAACAGCGGGUCCAAGAGCAAGUGAUGAUGACGGUGAAGCGGCAGAAGCAAAAGUCAUCCGUGUCAUCGAGCGUGGGACACUCCAAUCGAGGUUCCAUGUACGAUGGUUUAGCUGAUGGUUAUGGCUAUGGGACAUCCCGGGGCAGCUAUUAUACCAAAACCCAAACAGGAAACAGCAACUGGGGAUAUCCGCUGUACAACGGGACGCUGAAGCGGGACGUGGAGAACAGGCGCUACAGCUCGUACAGCCAGAUGGAGGGCUGGGGGGGCAAGCACUACAGCAAGGCUGUCUGCAGCCCCGCCAGGGCCGGCAGCGACUACUGCUUUGUGCCCAACAUCAAGAGCAGCCGUAGCGAGCCCGACCUCUACUGCGAACCACCCCGGGGCACGCUGAGGAAGAGCCAGGUCGGGGGCCGGGCAGAGCACAAGGCAACCUUGAACCGCCAGAGCAUCUACAGCAGCUGCAGCACCCAGCAAGGAACUACCAGGACAAGUAAAAAAAUGCCAGCACGAGCCCUCUCCUGCCCCUCAAGCAACAAACCCGACGUGGUCUAUGCCCAACCCAUGAUGAGCUGCAAGCAGGACAUGGUUUAUGGACAGGCUCAGUCCGGCUCCAAAAUAUGUGGUGAUGAGAUAGACGGCGGUACAAUGACCAUCCAGAAAGCCAUACAACUCCUGUGCUCCUCUGAUGACAAAUACCAGGCUAUGGGUGCUUACUACCUCCAGCACACCUGCUUCCAGGAGGAGUCUGCCAAGCAAGAGGUCUAUCGGCUGGGGGGAAUUGCCAAGCUUGUGGAGCUGCUCCGCAGCACAAACCAGAACGUACAGCGGGCAGCAGCCGGAGCCCUCCGGAACUUGGUCUUCAAGAAUCCAACCAACAAGAUAGAAACCCGGCGGCAGAAUGGGAUAAGGGAGUGCGUGAGCCUCCUGCGGAGGACAGGGAACACUGAGAUUCAGAAGCAGCUGACAGGACUGCUCUGGAACCUCUCCUCCACUGAUGAGUUAAAAGAAGAGUUGAUACAGGAGGCCCUCCCCGUCUUGACAGACUGCGUUAUCAUCCCUUUCUCUGGCUGGUCUGAUGGCACCUGCAAUAGGACAAGAGAAAUUAUUGACCCAGAAGUAUUCUUCAAUGCUACAGGGUGUUUGAGAAACCUGAGUUCUGCAGACAUGGGGCGCCAGACCAUGAGGAAUUACCCUGGCUUGAUCGAUUCAGUCAUGACUUAUGCCCAGAACUGCGUGGCUUCCAACCGACCCGAUGACAAGUCUGUGGAGAAUUGCAUCUGCAUCCUGCACAACCUCUCCUACCGCCUGGAUGCUGAAGUUCCCAACAAAUACACCCAGCUCAACCACAUGGCCCGGAGCGUUUACAUGGACAAAACUCUCACAGGCUGUUUCAACAGCAGGAGUGGUAAAAUGGAGAAUGAUGAGUAUGGUGUCCCCCUUCCUGAGGAGGAUUUUAAACCCAAAGGACCCAGCUGGCUCUACCACUCUGAUGCCAUCCGCACCUACCUGUCCCUGAUGGAUCAGAGCAAGAAGGAUGCCACCCUGGAAGCUUGUGCUGGAGCUCUGCAGAACCUCACUGCAAGCCGAGGGCUGAUGUCCAAUGCAAUGAGCCAGUUGAUUGGUUUGAAGGAGAAAGGUUUGCCUCGCAUUGCACGGCUCCUCCAGUCCAACAGCUCUGAAGUUGUCCGGUCUGGGGCUUCUUUGCUGAGCAACAUGUCCCGGCAUCCUGUUCUCCACAAAACCAUGGCUCACCAGGUGCUCCCAGAUGUAUCACGUCUCCUGUCAUUCCAGUCUGGAAAUACCAACAGCUAUGGAGAGAUCAUGACAUCAGCAUGUUACACUCUGAGGAACCUCAUCAUGUCCAACCCACACCUGGGGAAGUCUUACUUGACAAGCAACAUGCUAAAUAAUGUAGUAAGCCUGUGCCGAAAUGGCUCCUGUCCAAAAGCAGCCGAAGCUGCUCGCCUCCUCCUGACAGAUCUUUGGUCAAACAGGGAGCUCCAGAGCGUGCUCAAGCAGCAAGGAUUUGAUAAGAACAUGAUGGGAUCUUUAGCUGGAACAACCUUCAGGACCCUCUCAUCCAGGUUUUAGGAGCCCCUCCACGCACCUUUAGGCUGCAGAAUUUGGAAUUGGUUCAUGUCCAGGAAGACAACCCUUCCACAAUUACUUAGGAUGUUAAAGGUGUAGAGUGUUACUGAGUUUAACUCAACUGUAAAGCAAACUAAACAUAUGGAUUUCAUGUGGAUGAUACUAAUAUUUUUAAGCAUUUUCUUCUUUUUAGGGGGGAGAAGGGACUUUUAUUGAGGUUAUACUUUCUCGAUGUCAAUAAUUAUGGUUUUGUUUUUGCAAAGAGUGUGUCUGUGUAACUAUGUGCAUGUUGCUGUGUAUGUGUGCAUGCAGGCAACAUACAUGCGCACACGUGGCGAGUAGGAUCUUCCUACAGGCUUAGUCCCCUGUCUUCCACUGAAAGUCAGUGUGAGUUGUGCAGUUUAACCCCCUUGGAGAGUUUUGUCCAAUGCCACCCAACCCAUGCACCAAAUACUGCCACACUACAGACUUGUCACAACUUAUUUUUACCCACAAGUAUAAAAAUCGCCGAUUUUAGGUCAAGUUCCCCCAUUGCAUAUGGCCGUUAUCAACAGAUACACACGAUACUCUUCUUUACAAAGGCUGGUUAUUCCUAACAUUUAUGAACACGGGCUUCUUUUCCACUUAUGAUUUUUUUCUCCAAUGAGCUCUUAUAGUUAUUAGCAUUUUCUUUCCUGUUACGUGAACUCUUUGUCUCAAGAAGUGAACUGACGUCUGCAAAGUCUUUCCCGGGUCUCAGUAACCCUUCUCUGAAGCUACAUGUGAGGGGACAAUUACAACACAUCUGCAAAGCAUGAACACUACCGGCUCCCAAACCAUUCUGAGCACCGGAACAACUCAGUCUCAUGAUUGUACCUGGACAAACGUGGCAUUGGAGAAGUUGAACUGGAGACAGGCAAAGUGGUUUUCCCCUGGGAGCAUUGACUGCCACACAAGAAUGAGAGAAAUGAGGGGGUAUUGAUAUGCAAAGGAAUGUAAGCACUUGUGUGAAUUCAAAUUCGGAAAUAUUUUAAUUCUUGGGAUGCUUAAUUACAUGAAUCACGCUGUGAUGCUAAAGCUGUGAUAGGCAAUUGCUGAGCUUAUCUUAGGCCAACCCACUUCUUACGGCAGGAACUGUGUGAUGAAAGAAGCUGAUCUUCCCCUGUCCAGAAGAAAAAUAUCCUCUACCUGUCCCUGGAGGGGAUGGAGCUCAGAUCCACAGGGAAAGGACCAGCUGAAGAUACAUUUGCUGGCUCUCCCCCACCCACAGUUAUUGCUUCUUCAAACAGUGCAGGGGUACAGGACCCUGUUUUGCAAAUAUCAGGGUGCAGGAGGUGCUUGGGAAGGAUGAAUUGUGAGCCUGGAAAGGGAAAAACAGUCCCAUUUCUUGCAAGUGUCAGACUCCUAAAUUGGUGGGAAACAGCAUGUCCCAUUCCUUCACAGAAAUGGGGUGAUUCGUGCCCGCUAAAGAACCGUCCAUGAAGUUCAGAUUUGAUCUGACACAGCUCUAGAGCUAAGAAACAUGGUAGCACUUGUUCGUCCCCCCUUUAGACCAUAGGGAGCACGUGUCCACAGAGGGAGAUCAUUUCCCAGCUGGUUUUUUCUUCUCUUGGACUACAAAGAGUGGCUUAAUCUUGUGCGCUUCAAUGAGAAGCAACUCUUUGCUUGCCUUCACCCACAUUCAGUCGAGAGCUUUCUGCACCGCGCUCCCAGCCAAAUGAGAGGAAAAAAAGCACCUUUGAAGUGGGAGCUAGAACCAGGAGAAUCCGGUAGGACAGUUUCAGGAGCAUUUAAAGAGCAGCAAAGGAGCCCCAGCCCGUGGGCAUGCCCUUGCCAUAU